AUGAAAAAACCAGAUAAUUCUAUUAUUACUAAUUCUGAAGUAAUAUGUAGAGAUUUAAACAAAUAUAAUCAUAUUAAAAUAUCAGAAAUUUCAAAAGAUUGGGAUACUCUUGUUAAAUGGUUACAGUAUAGAACUAAUAUUAGAAAGGAAACACCAUUAGAUCCUUCAAUAAUAUGGAAUUUUGGAAUAAAUUCCAGUAUGGAACAUUAUUUUAUAGAAUCUAAAGAUAAAUAUACUAAAUUUGAAGUUAAAUCAGUAAGAAGUCCUUCACUUGAACGAGAAUUUAUACCAGAAGAUUAUAAAGAUAUUCAAGAAAUAGAUACAACUAAAAGGAACAAUUCUAUUAAUAUAAGUGAAAGUGACAUUGAUAAUGAGUUAGAUAAUAACUUAUUAAACACUGGUAGUAAUAAUAUAGGUGAUUUAGAUAUAUCUAAGCAGGAUAUUGAAUUUGGACCUCAACCUGAUGAAAUGAAUCUAAUUGUAUCAAAUAAAAAUGUUAAUUAUGGUUCAGCAUUAUUAGCAGGAGAAGGUAAGGCUAUGGCUCAAUAUGUACAAUCUGGUAAACGUAUUCCAAGAAGAGGAGAAAUUGGAUAUACUGCUGAAGAGAUUGAGAGAUUUGAGAAAUUAGGUUAUGUUAUGAGUGGUGAUUUACAUAAACGGAUGAAUGCAGUUAGAAUAAGAAAGGAGUCUCAAGUAUAUUCUGCUGAAGAGAGAAGAGCUAUGAUUCUAAGAAAUGAGGAAAAUAGAGCUCAAAGAGAAUCUCAUUUAGUUGGAAAAUUACGUGAAUUACUUAAAGAACAGAAAAAGAAAUUAUAA